AUGCCUAUGGUUACAACCGAUCCGAAAGUCUAUGACUUGGCUAUUGAGUUACUCGAUUCGUACUUCCAAGCAGGGAGGCAAGACGUUAUAGAGCGCAGAAAACUUCGUAAGAUACAACAAGAUCCCAACGAAAAAUUCUCGCAUUAUGUCAUACAACUUCGUCAACAAAGCAUGAAAUGCGGUUUCGAAAAGUAUCCUGUCAAGGUGUGUGAGAUACUCAAAGAAAUCUAUUUGAUAGACGUUAUCGUUGAAAAUUGUCCUUCAGAUGAGUUGCAAAAGGCUAUUCUGAAACGAGAUCGUACGCUCGUAAUUUCGCUCAAGGAAAUUGAGAAAAUCGCAGCGGUCAUUGAAGACACCGAACAACAAAUGAAGGAACUAAAAGGAAAGGAUAGUGCAGUGCAGCAGUCUUCAAUUAUCGGAAUAAAGCGAGCAGAACGAGCAGCUUCAGCCGUCAGGAAAUUUGGAGAUCAAAAGAGCCAACUGGCAGGACAUAUUUCCACUUCAUCGGAGUGUCCAGCUCGAGGUCGCACCUGUCUUCGCUGUCAACAACUGGGUCAUUUCGAGAUCGCGUGCAGAAAGCGUAAGCUGUACGUAACGAAGCAAGGAGAGCCGAAGAAAGCCUAUACAAUCGAUGAUCUACCUAAAUGCACUAAGGAUCAGAGUGACGAAAGCAAUACAACUAACGAAAAAGUUUACUACGCUUUUUAUGGAGGGAGUAAGAGCAACAUAUUGGAAUCUACUAUCGGAGGGAUUGCAGUAAAGGUACUUAUCGAUUCAGGCGCAGACGCAAAUUUGAUACGAUUGGAGACGUGGGAACAGUUAAAGAAGAAAAAGGUGGACAUUAUAAAAUCAACUAAGGGAUCGUGUCGUAUUCUGAAAGGAUCGUUAACAUUAUCGGUGAUUCGACGGCCAAGGACUUGGGUGUGCUGCGAGUGGGAAUAG